GUGUCCAAGGUACGUAGGGGUGGCGCUCGCCCCGACGGCCCUCUGGGAAGCCCGGCGAGGCUGAGGUUUGAUGGGCAUCGGGUACGGCUCCGGGAAGAGCAGAACGAGGCGACUUGCCCAGGGUUGUUUUGUGUUUAAGCCAGACUUCAAAAAAAGAAAGAUCUCUGUGCCAAUAGAGGACUAUUUUAAUCAUGAGAAACUUGAGUCUGAGGACAGUAAACUUCGAUUUGAAACAUAUCACUUGCUGUGGCAACGGAUGAAAUCUGAAACAGAGCAAUUACAGGAGAAAUUAAGUGAAAAUCUGUUUGAUAGCCUAGUUGAGUUUCUACAGAAGUCCCAUUCUGAAUUCCAGAAACAUUCAAAAAACUGGGGAUGUCACAUGAAACUCAGAGAAAUUCCUACUGCUGCUCUUAUUCUUGGUGUGAAUGUCACAGAUCACAAUUUAAUAUUCAGAAGUCUAACAGAGACCCUUCAGAAUAAUGUCACACCAUAUGUAGUCUCAUUGCAAGCUAAGGAUUGUCCAGAUGUGAGACAUUUUUUACAAAAGUUGACCUCCCAGUUGAUGGACUGCUGUGUUGAGAGCGAAUCCGAAGAGGGGAAACAUGUUAAGAUCCCCAGAAAGACAAAUGAUUCAAUGGAUUCACUUUCCAGCUGGUACGCCACUGUCACACAGAAGACAUGCCCAAAAAUAACAAGCAAAAAGAGGACUACUACUUCUGGCCAAUGGCAGUCUCCUCCUGUUGUGCUUAUCUUGAAGAAUAUGGAGAGUUUCAGCACAAAAGUACUCCAAGACUUUAUAAUCAUCAGCAGUCAGCAUCUGCAUGAAUUUCCACUAAUUCUCAUUUUUGGAAUUGCCACGUCUCCUGUUAUUAUCCAGCGGCUGCUUCCUCAUGCAGUAUCAUCUCUGUUGUGUGUAGAACUGUUCCAGUCUUUGUCUUGCAAGGAACACCUGACAGUAGUUCUUGAUAAGCUGCUUCUUACAGCCCAGUUUCCUUUUAAAAUAAGUAAAAAAGCAUUACAGGUUCUGACCAACGUCUUUUUGUAUCAUGAUUUCUCAAUACAAAACUUCAUCAAAGGACUGAAGCUUUCUCUCCUAGAACAUUUUUAUUCCCAGCCCCUGAGUGUUCUGUGCUGCGAUCUCCCAGAAGCCAAGAAAAGAAUAAAUUUUUUCUCAGUUAAUCAGUGUGAAAACGUCCGUCGCCUUCCUUCAUUUAGGAGGUAUGUUGAAAAGCAACCUUCGGAAAAGCAAGUUGCAUUGUUGACCAGCGAGACGGUUUUAAAGGAGGAAACUCAAUCAUUAUUGGAAAACCUGCAUGUUUACCAUAUCAAUUACUUCCUUGUUUUGAGAUGUCUUCAUAAUUUUAUCUCAUCUCUUCCCAAGUACCCACUGGGCCGACAGAUCAGGGAGCUGUAUUGCACAUGUUUAGAACAGAAAAUAUGGGAUUCAGAGGAGUACGCAUCAGCCUUGCAGCUGCUGAGAAUGCUUGCAAAGGAUGAACUGAUGAGCAUACUUCAGAAAUGUAUUGAGGUUUUGAAUUCCUCUACUGAAAUGCAACUUGGCAACACAACACAGAAAAUAAAGGAUUUCCUGAUGCUAUUUCAGAACCUUGAUGCAGAUAGCAAAGAGGACGAGGAUGCUUGUGGAUCACAGAUAAAGGGGCUGCAGAAGACAGACCUCUAUCACCUUCAGAAGUCCUUACUGGAAAUGAAGGAGUCAAGGAGAACAGCUAAGAAGCAAACCAAAUUUGAAGUGCUCAGAGAAAAUGUUGUCAACUUCAUAGACAGCUUGGUAAGAGAUUACCUUGUGCCUCCUGAGAGCCAGCCUCUGCAUGAGGUAGUGUACUUCAGUGGUGCCCACACACUCCGCGAGCACUUAAAUGCUGCGCCAAGAAUUGCCCUCCACACUGCACUCAACAAUCCUUACUAUUAUCUCAAGAAUGAAGCACUGAAAAGUGAGGAAGGCUGUAUUCCAAAUAGUGCCCCUGACAUCUGUAUCGCAUAUAAACUGCACCUGGAGUGUAGCCGGCUGAUCAACCUUGUCGACUGGUCAGAGGCGUUUGCAACAGUUGUGACAGCUGCAGAAAAAAUGGAUGCAAAUUCUACAACCUCAGAAGAAAUGAGUGAAAUUAUCCAUGCUCGAUUUAUUAGAGCUGUUUCUGAAUUAGAACUUUUAGGUUUUAUAAAACCUACAAAGAAGAAAACUGACCAUGUAGCAAGACUGACAUGGGGCGGCUGCUAAAAAGCAAAUGAGUGAAGACAGGAGUUCCACAUCUAACAUGACAUAAGAUGAGAAAGAAACCUGGCAUAUGCAUGCCCCUAGAAGAGACUAUCGCCGAGCUGAGCGUAACCAGGAAGUGCACUGCUGACCUGUGUAUCAGAACAUUUCUGGAGUAGUUCAGUCUACUCAACACCUGUGCAAAUGACUAAAAGCUUUUACAUACUACUCCACUUUUUACAGUCGGUACUAAAUUCUAAGCAAAUCAA